AUGGCAUCUCAGGAAGGCACUGACGAUGGAACGAGCAGCAUUGUCGCGAAGAGCCUCACCACAAGUGCUAGCCAUAACUACACGAAUACUGUAAUACAGGGAUCAGCUCGCGCUCAUCUUGGUGAUCACUAUGAAGUUCACAUCCAUGGAGUGGUUGUCGGACACCAAGAUCCUUCGCCCCCAGGCAAAAAGGAGCGACUACACCGACUGCCUGCUCUCAUCAGUACCAAUUUUGUUGGUAGACAGGAAGAGCUCAAGUCUAUGAGACAGCAUCUCACCUCAGAGAAUUCUGGUCACCCACGGCGCAGUGUAAUUUGUGGUGUCGGCGGAGCGGGAAAAUCGCGACUUGCACAUGCUUAUUAUGCCAAGUAUGCUUCAGAAUUCUCGGCGGCAUUCUGGGUCAGUGGCAAAGAUGUUACGUCAAUGCGAAACGAUUUUGUUGCUAUUUCCCGCUAUCUGAAGCUGCCAGAAGCUCCUCCAUUGGAUGCGACCGACGCCGAAAAACCGCAGUCGCAAAUCGCUGCUGUGGAAGCCGUGGUACGGUGGUUCGAGGGUGGUGAUGGCGACUGGCUUCUCAUCAUCGACAAUCUAGAGAUGGAGGCGGAAGAUUUGUUAGACUACUUGCCAUCAGGAGAAAAGGGCCACGUUAUCAUCACGACACAGAAUCGACAAGCUGCUAGCCUGGGACCGACGAUAGACCUUGGUGAAAUGAGUCAACAGGAUGCUCUCCAGCUCUUCCUAAGCCACGCCAACUUGACCCAACCUACUGACCAAGAACUGGCCAUCUGUGAGGAAAUCAUAUCGAAGCUCGGGAGGUUGGCUCUGGCGGUAGAGCACGCAGCAGCCUUUGUUCAACUCGACAAGAUGCCCCAGCGCUAUCUCCAACAACUGGAAGGGGAGCUGGGCAAUGCGCUGGAACGAUCGCCAAACUAUACCAAUCACAAAUUGUCAGUAAUGGCAACGUACAAAGUUACCUUUCAGGCUAUAUUUGAAACACAUCGACAGGCAGCCUAUUUGCUCACGUUUAUCGGCGCACUAGAUGGCGAAUCUCUGCCAGAGCGCAUUCUCAGAGCCCCAGCUGCUAUGCCAAUGAUCAAAGGCUGGUGUGUAUACGAUUCGAAAGAUUGGAACUUUCUGGAUGACUACUCAAAGGCCCUCGACAUACUGCAGAGUUACUCCCUUGUGCAUUUAAAAUAUCUUGAGGACGGGUCGACAGCUAUCACAAUGCAUGCCCUUGUCCAUAAAUGUGUGCAGGCAAAGCGCAACCAGGAGUCGCAAUGGAUAUACUUGUACAAAGCAGCCAUGAUUAUUUUGAUCGUGACAACCAAGGAGCCCUACCAUGCGUCGACUUUUGCACAGGUCCGAUAUCUCCUGAAGACGGUGACAGAACGGGCACAGCAACCGAGCACUGGCAAAGUCCCCGAGGAUAUCUGGCUUCUGCUUGGGCAUCUCGUUUUCGCUCACAGGACGUCAUGGCAAGCUGCGGGCAAUGUGCAAGAGCUCAAUGCCUAUGCAGAGACGAUAAUGAACGCUUUAAAAAAGUCGGAGAGAGAACAAGAUAGGCUCGCGAUGGUUAUAUUAUCGACAGUGUAUGCCGCGACUGUGGCAUAUUGUAAUAAGUCACAGACAGCUGAGGAGGCGAGCCUGGCGUUUCUCUAUGGCGAAAUGCUACCAGCUGUGUCAGAGACUCUACGAGCCGCUGACAAACUGAUGGCCAAAUCUAGUGAGGUCGUAACUCUUGACUUUCAGCCUUCUACCUUGGACGUUGUCUACAGACAUACGGAACCGCCGCAGUAUGUGUUGGUUUUGAGAGAGUUUAUGAAGUCUGUUGCGAGGUUUUACAUGGGGCGAGAUCAACCGGAAAUGGGCGCUCUCUACUACCACAUGAGCCAACUGCCACUCAAGAGUACCAUUCUUUCAACAGUACGGGGAGUAUUCUCGUCGCUGACAGCAAUACUUCCCGCAUUCGUCGCCGGACCCACGGCAGAAGACGAGCUCUGCCAGCUACAAAAGAAGGCGGCAUAUGGUAGAGCUGCCGGGGAGAUUGACAGCACUGUCGAAUUAUUUCGCUUCAUCAUCUCCAAAGAUAGAACAGGGCCCGAGGAUCCGGUGUUUGAUGUAACAUUGUGCGAUUACAUCAAGCUACUCUGUAAACUUGGUCGUAGGGAAGAAGCCGCCGAGGCACUGGACAAGUUCAAGUAUCCCUCACCCGAGCAGUCAGAAGCUGACAUAGCGAUGGACUAUAAAGACUACUACUUAUGGAUCCGGAAAGCAUUCGUCAUGGCUAAAGACCACCACGACACCCAUCCCGAGGUCGAAAGACAACUCCAGGACACAUAUUCCGUGACAAAAGCAGUUUUUGGGACGAAAUCACUCAACGCUAUGCACGCGGCUUUUCUUCUACAUACAUUUUACUCACAAAGCUGUUGCUAUAACCACGCCAUGGUGCAGAAGUACAGCGAGGACUGCAGACAGCUGUUUGCGCAGCUUUACGGUGGUAAAACCAAGCUGCAAAAGUCUGAGGGUUUGUACAUGGCUAAAAUACUCUUGAGUCAGGGGGCACUUGAAGAGGCGGUAUUUUGUUUGGCAUUGUUUGCUGAGUUGGCUGAGGGGGAAUUGGGGCCGGAUGAUCCUAUUACGGUGCCGGCUAGGCGUUUGACAGAGGUGGCGAAGAGGGAACGGGAGGAGGAGUUGGAGGAGGUGAGGAGUGGGAAGGUCAGCUUGCGAUGGGGGUGCUGUAGUUUUACGCGGGAUGUUUCACGAUUAUGA